AUGAAUAUGGAACGUGCAACAUAUAAAAUUGAAAUUCCAUUUACUGACCAUGCUCAUUGUAUAGGACGACAUGGAAAUCAAAUACAAAGUAUUAUGCUGGCAACAGACACACAUAUCCAUUUUCCUGAUGGCAAUCGUGAACCAAAUGGAACAAAAUCCAAUCAGGUAUCAAUAACAGGUACAGCAACAUCAAUAGAACAAGCUCGAAAACGUAUUCGAGACAUUUUACCCAUGUCCUUAAAAUUUCUUAUACCAUCCAGAGAAUUGAUUCAUAUUAUUAAUGAUGAUUAUCCAUUAUUUAAAUAUGUUCGAAUACGUUAUGGUGUUAUGGUAUUACCACGUCCCUAUGUCAAAACUGGUGAUGUUUAUUGCAUUGUUCGUGGGCUUAUUAAUCAACCAGAGUUAGCCGAAGCAACUGAAUAUUUAAUUCAAACAUUUUAUGGUUUUGAAUCGUCACUAGUUAAAGUAUCAUGUCAAACAGAAGUUAGUGAACAAUAUCACGGUUAUUUACAAACACGUCAACAAUCAAAAGAUAUGUGUAUAGCAGCUAUCGAGCAAUAUACACAUGCAACAAUUCAAUUUCCAACAACAACAAAUACGAAUGGAUAUGGACGACGAACAUCAGUUAUAAUCACUGGAACUUCAACUCAAGUGUGUCAAGCAAGAAAACUAUUUGACUUGUGUCUACCAAUUCUUUUGGUCUUUGAAAUAUCAGCUGAUAAAGAACCAACACGUGCUGAUAUUGCUCAUAUAAAAGAUAAAUUUAAUGUAUCUACGAUCAUUCGAACUCGUAAAGAUAAAAUUGGAAAAUUAUUAAGUUUUCAAACGCAAGAAUAUAACAGUGAACAAUUAUUUCAUGCGCGUUCAAUUAUUCUUGGCUUAUCAGAUAUAAACAACAAUAGUGUAUUCGAUCUGAACUCAUCAUCGACAUUUUUAUCGGAUCAUUCUCUGCCGGCUUCAUCUCUGAACUCUUCUUCCAUUACGACAAUAUCAACUAGUCAUCUUUCAGAUAGUAUUUUAAUUCCAAUCGGACCUUACUACGAACCAUUAACACAACAGAUUGAUACAUCAUUUGUACCAUUAAAUAAAACAAAUACAACAAAAAAACCAUCACCCAUUGGUCAUGAACGUUCAACAUUACGAAAUUUCGAUCAAGAUACAAUCAUUUGGCCGACCAACGAUCAUCAAUUUUCAUCUUCUUCAAUUUUCGAUACAUCGAAACACCAAAUCAAAGCACUGAAUAGCAAGUUUAUUGAAAGCGCAGAUGCAGUGGUUACUCCAUUAUCUCAAAAUAAUCGUUCGACUAAAUUAUUUACAUUACUUCAUUCAAUCAAUUUAGAAAAGCAUUGGUCAACAUUUGAACAUAAUGAGGUCAGUUAA